AGGAGCUGCGCCAGGCUCUCAUGCCAACCCUAGAGUCUCUUUACAGACAGGACCCAGAGUCUCUACCCUUCAGACAGCCUGUAGACCCCAUGGUACUGGGCAUCCCAGUGAGUACACACAGACACGCUACAGACAGGACCCAGAGUGUUUACCCUUCAGACAGCCUGUAGACCCCAUGGUACUGGGCAUCCCAGACUACUUUGACAUCGUGAAGAACCCCAUCGACCUGUCCACCAUAAAGCGUAAGCUGGACACGGGUCAGUACCAGGAACCCUGGCAGUACGUGGAAGACAUCUGGGUCAUGUUCAACAACGCCUGGAUCUACAACCGCAAGACAUCCCGUGUCUACAAGUUCUGCUCCAAGCUGGCCGAGGUGUUUGAGCUGGAGAUAGACCCCGUUAUGAUGAGCCUUGGCUACUGCUGCGGCCGCAAGUAUGAGUUCUCUCCUCAAACUCUCUGCUGUUAUGGUAAGCAGUUGUGUACCAUACCCACCGGCGGCACCUACUACAGCUACCAGAACAGGUAUCAUUUCUGUGAGAAGUGCUUCAAUGAGAUCCAGGGGCACAAUGUGACGUUAGGGGACGACCCGGCACAACCACAGACAAUGAUAUGUAAAGACCAGUUUGAGAGGAAGAAGAACGAUACACUAGACCCUGAACCGUUUGUGGACUGUAAAGAUUGCGGACGGAAGAUGCAUCAGAUAUGUGUUCUUCACUAUGACGUCAUCUGGCCAUCCGGAUUCAUCUGUGACAACUGUUUGAAGAAGAGUGGGAAAACACGGAAAGACAACAAGUUUUCUGCAAAACGGUUGCAGACGACGCGGUUGGGCAUGUAUAUCGAGGACCGGGUGAAUAAGUAUCUGAAGAGGCAGAACCACCCUGAGGCAGGGGAGGUGUACGUACGAGUGGUGGCCAGCUCUGACAAAACUACAGAGGUCAAACCUGGCAUGAAAUCCAGGUUUGUGGACACCGGUGAGAUGUCUGAAACCUUCCCCUACAGAACUAAAGCGCUUUUUGCCUUUGAGGAGAUCGACGGCGUGGAUGUGUGUUUCUUCGGGAUGCACGUUCAGGAGUACGGCUCAGACUGCUCCUUCCCCAACACCAGACGAGUUUACAUAUCUUACCUGGACAGUAUUCACUUCUUCAAACCUCGACUGCUAAGGACGGCCGUCUAUCAUGAGAUCCUAAUUGGCUACCUGGAGUAUGUAAAGAAACUCGGCUACUCUCAGGGACACAUCUGGGCGUGCCCCCCCAGCGAGGGGGACGACUACAUCUUCCACUGCCACCCUGCCGACCAGAAGAUCCCCAAGCCCAAGAGGCUGCAGGAGUGGUACAGGAAGAUGCUGGAGAAGGCCUUCGCUGAGAGGAUCCUCCAUGACUUCAAGGACAUCUUCAAGCAGGCGACAGAGGACUGUCUGACGGGGGCCAACGAGAUGCCCUACUUUGAGGGGGACUUCUGGCCCAACGUGCUGGAGGAGAGCAUCAAGGAGCUGGAACAGGAGGCGGAAGAGAGGAAGAAGGAGGAGAACGUAGCCUGCUCCGACACACCUGAGGGCACGCCGGGGGACACGAAGAACGCCAAGAAGAAGAACAGCAAGAAAACCAAUAAGAACAAGGGCAGCGUGAGCCGAACCAAUAAGAAGAAGCCUGGCAUGCCGAUUGUAGCCAAUGACCUGUCCCAGAAGCUCUACGCCAGCCUUGACAAACACAAAGAGGUGUUCUUUGUGAUCCACCUGCACUCGGCCCAGAUGGCCAACAUGUUGCCCCCCAUAAUGGACCCUGACCCCCUGCUGAACUGUGACCUGAUGGACGGCCGCGACGCCUUCCUCACCCUGGCCCGGGACAAGCACUGGGAGUUCAGCUCUCUCAGGAGGUGUAAGUGGAGCACCAUGUGCAUGUUGGUGGAGCUGCACAACCAGGGUCAGGACCGCUUCGUCUACACCUGCAACGAGUGUAAACACCACGUGGAGACACGCUGGCACUGUACCGUCUGUGAGGACUUUGACCUGUGUAUCAACUGCUACGCCGCCAAGGGCCACGAGCACCAGAUGGUCAAGUGGGGUCUGGGGCUGGACGACGACGGCAAUGGAGCGGGCAGCGCCGGCGAGGCCUCUAAGAGCCCCCAGGAGUCACGCCGUCUCAGCAUCCAGCGUUGCAUCCAGUCCCUGGUUCACGCCUGCCAGUGUCGCAACGCCAACUGCAGCCUGCCGUCUUGCCAGAAGAUGAAGCGCGUGGUGCAGCACACCAAAGGUUGCAAGAGGAAGACUAACGGUGGUUGCCCCGUGUGCAAGCAGCUCAUCGCUCUGUGCUGCUACCAUGCCAAGCACUGCCAGGAGAACAAGUGUCCUGUACCGUUCUGUCUUAACAUCAAGCACAAGCUUAGGCAGCAGCAGCUCCAGCACCGCUUACAGCAGGCUCAGAUGAUGAGGAGAAGAAUGGCCACCAUGCAGGGAAGAGCAAUGCCUCAGAGCUUACCGUCCCCACCUCAGGCCCCCACUACAGCCCCCAACACAACCCCCUCACACCCCCAGCCUAACACACCCCAAACCACCCAACAACCGCUUUCAAACCAGCCGCAGACCCCAAACGCUGCAGGUAUGUCACCAGUGUUCCCUCCUCGCAACGGUCACCCCCUUACGCCAGCUUCCCAGGGCAAGGGGGGACCUCAAGCGUCUCCUUUACACCAGCAGCAGUCACCUCUCCCCCCGCAACCUCCCCAGCCUCAACCUCAACAACCUUCUCAACAACAACCCCCUCUCGCUGCGGUCAAGAUGGCGCGGCACAUUGAGAUGGUGGCCCAGGCGCAGCAGCAGAACCAGCAGAACUACCGGGUCAACAUGAACGGCCUGCCACUGCAACAGAACCCCCAGCAGCAGCAACGCAUGGCCGGACCCAUGCAGGUGGUUGGGGGUCAAAUGGUGGGACCCAGAGGGCCCCAGGGCAUGCAGCAGCCCAUGGCCCCAGGUCAGUGGCCCAGCGCUGGGGGAGCCAUAACGGGAGCUCAGCCUGGACAACCAGGAGUUGGAGUCCCUCCUCAGGUGGGUCAACCCCAGCAGGGGAUACCGAUGCAACAGAGACCCAUGUUGUCUCCUCAGCAACAGGUUCAGAGGAUGUUAGUCCCCCAGCCGGGGGGUCCCAGACCACAGAUGCCAUCCCAGAGACCCGGGGCCAUCGCCCCCAAUGCCCUCCAGGACCUCCUGAUGACCCUUAAGUCCCCCAGCUCACCCCAGCAGCAGCAGCAGGUCCUCAACAUCCUGAAGUCCAACCCCCAGCUCAUGGCGGCAUUCAUCAAACAGAGAACAGCCAAGUACCACGCCAGUAACCCCCUGCAACAACAGCAGCCAGGGAUGUUGGGAGCCCAGACGGCGAUGCAGGCUGGGGCCGGGGGGGGCCAGAGGCCCGGGAUGCCCCCUCAGCAGCCUCAACAACCCACCACCCAAGGGAUGGCUGCCUUAGGACCCCAGGGGCAACUCAUGAACCCUGGACACAACCCCCAACCCAACGCUGCCCAGAUACAGGAGCUCUACCGGAGGCAGCUCCUUCGACAGCAGCAGCAACAACAGCAGCAACAACAACAACAACAACAACAGCAGCAACAACAGCAGCAGCAGCAGCAGCAACAACAGCAGCAGCAGCAACAACAACAACAACAGCAACAACAACAGCAGCAGCAGCAGCAACAACAACAACAACAACAGCAGCAACAACAGCAGCAGCAACAACAGCAGCAGCAACAGCAGCAGCAGGCCCAUCCAGGUCCGUUCCCUCCCCAGACCCAAGGCCAGGCGGCCAGCUACUCUCAGCUCCGCAUGCAGCAGCUAGCCAUGCAUGCCCAGGGCCAGCUCCCUCCCAUGGCCCAGAUGGGUCAAUCUGGCCUGGGCAUGGACCCCACCUCCACCACCCAGAACAUCUUGCACCAGCGGAUGCUCCAGCAACAACAGCAGGGUAUCUCUAACCAACAGGCCAUCCUCAAGCAGCAGAUGGGCGGCUCCCCGGUCCUCCCUAGCCCCACCAUGAGUCCCCAGGCCCACAUGCUGGCCAGCCAGCCCCAGCAUGGAGCUCACCUCCCUGGCCAGUCCCCAAUGGCCAAUGCCCUCUCCAACCGGUCCCCUGCACCUGUACAAUCCCCGUGCCCGCCCUCGCAACAACCCCCACAUUCCAGCCCUUCGCCCCAGGUUCAGCCCUCAUCCCACCCGGGGUCCCCCCACCCGGGCUUGGGGGGCCCAAUGCCUGGCUCCAUGGACCAGGGACACUUGGCGGAGCAGAGCGCUAUGCUAUCGCAGAUGAACACGCCCGCCAGAGGAGGGUUGAAGAAUGACUUGGGCACUGGAGGGGAUACGACAGGAGAUACGCUGGAGAAGUUUGUGGAGGGAUUGUAGCAUUAAACAGGAGACUUGGCCUGUGUCCCAAAUAGGUGACACCCUAUUUCCAACUAGUACACUCGGGCCCUGCUCAAAAUUAGUGCAUUAUGUAGGGAAUAGGGUGCCAUUUGGGAUGCAUAUAGAAACAAACCACACUCUCCCCAUCCUCCACUGAUGUACUCAGACUCUGGGUCCGUCCCCUUUUUGAGACUUUGUUCUUAAUGAAACUUUCUUUUUUUUCUCUUUUUUUACUGACAUGUACAAAGUUUCAAGAGAUGUAAAAAGAGAGAAAAUGGGAUAAAAUGAAAAAUGCCAACACUUAUAGGGGAAUGUUGAUGUUUCCUAAAACUGGUGUUUCUUCUUCCUAAUGAGUCGGGAUUUUGCAAAUUGCUGUUUAAAAGACGUUUAAAUCACAAAGAAUAUAUAUUUUUUUGGUUGAGACCAAAAUGUGCUCAGACUUUGUUUUAUUUGUUUGGUAUUUGGUAUGAUGUCAUGCCUUUUUCAUUUUCUUUUUUUAAGGAAAAUGUACAAAACAAUUGCAUUGUAGUAUUCAUACUUAUAAUUUUGUACCUUUUUUUUUUUUUUGUGUUGAGACUGUAAAAUAUUUUUGUCUGGGAAUCGGGAUAGGUUUCUCAAGCUCUUCUCAUUCCUGGGACAUACAUCCACAAAAUGUCUCCCUAUUCCCAAUAUAGUGUAGUGCACUAUAUAAGGAGUAGGGAGUCAUUCCAGGUAUAGCCCUGGCAAUUGUAAUCUAAAGUGUUGUACAAUUUUUAUAGAUCCACCUGCAUUUGAGAGGGAGGGACUCUUUUUCCUCUUUGUGACGUGUGUGUGUGUUCGAUGAGAACUAUCCAUUUGUAUUGAAAUAGGAAAUGGACUAUGGCAGUUUGUAAUACACUGGCAUUUAUGCAGAAACACUUGACACACACAUACACGGAAUGCCAAACUCUCAAAAUACACACAAAACAAGGAUAAAAUCUCACUAGCCUGGAAACCGGAAUCUCUGUCUUGACUUGCGGAUGUAGAAAAUUGUGGUUCUGUCAUUUAAAAAGUUUGUCAUAAUUUGUUGUGUAAAGUUAAGUAUAUUAAGAGAACUCCUAUCCUGAGGGGGGAAUGGGGGACAGAAUGACUCCUAUCCUGAGGGGGAAUGGGGGACAGAAGGACUCCUAUCCUGAGGGGGAAUGGGGGACAGAAGGACUCCUAUCCUGAGGGGGAAUGGGUGUUCAUUGCUUGACUGCUUGUUUGUUUUGAAAAGAGAUAAAUAAAUAGUCCAGCUGUCUAUCAACCCUCCAUCCUCAUUCCCCUCUCUCAAAAACACAAACUUGAAUAAAACUUUGGGUGGGUUACGUUCUCCUAGCUCCAUAUUGUAAAUCAUGCAGGUCGUUAUUAAGCAAAAAUACUAUAAAUAUAAGGAAGAGCGAAUGAAAUCACUGUAUAAACUGGUUAAAGACUCAUUUCUUACUUAUAUACCAUAUUGUUAAAUAAACUGUGUACAACAGUUAACACUUGGAGUUAUA